AUGAUGACGAAUGCAGGAAGAGAGCUGUGUGUCUUUGUACUCGGAGCGGAGGGAACCCUGGGCCAGGGUGCUUGGGAAGAGAGGAUCCAAGAGACUUGGGGAACAGACCGGACCGUCUUCGUGAGCUUUGGGAAGAGCCCGGAGCCGGAGCCUCUCGAGGUCAGCAAUCGCACUCCCGGCGGCAAUUGCACGCCUUCCUCCGUUCGCCGGCUUCGCCUGGAUCCUAAGUUUUCCGAGCGUCCUUACAGGGCACUGAGCCUUUGGUCAGCACUGCGCGACGAGCUGGAUCACUCUAACAGCUCCUCCUCCUGGCUGGAUAGCUGCUACUGGCUCAUGCACGUGGAUGGACGUGCCUACGUCAAUGUCAAGCGAGUCGCGCAGAGAUUAAGUUGCGUGAGAGGCUUGCACCCAGAAUAUUACGGGCUGGGCCCUAUGAUCGGACAGGCACGGGUUGCUUUGGCAGAUGAGGCUACUGGAUACAUUUUCAGCAGCAGGUUGCUGUUGAGUCUGCAACCUGACUGGGUCCCGAAGUGUGCGGACUACUUGUCGAGUAGCAGCGAUGCCCACGGUUUUGGAUGGAACUGGCCUUCGGGGUUUUACGUGACGCUGUGCUUGUGGCAACAGCUCCGUUUGCUGUUGCAGCGAUUGGGCGACCCUGAGCAGGAGGUGCUGAUGCAAGCACUUCCCCCGCAGCGUCACAGCUCGCCACUUCACCGUCUUCGCAACUUGCAUCCUUCUGGACACUGUGUUCUGCUCGUGGCAGCUAAGACGCCCGCUAGCUUGUUGGAAAUUCACCGGCGUGUGAGGCUUGUAGGCCCGCUGGAGGGUCGGGGCCGCGACAUCGUUCGAAACGAGAUCGGGUGUUCGGUAUUAUCAAUUUUGGAGCCGAUGGCCCUGGCGCCGGCAUGGAGCUACCGCGUUGCGAGAAGUGUAGCUCGGUGUCCGUUGAAGGAGGCGGUCUCCCAAACUGAGCUGGGUCUCUCGGUGCUGAAGCGCGAACUCUUGGAGCCCUCGCGACCGAGAGGACCUGCUGCGGAGAAGCUGCGUGCGGCUCGAGGACGCAAGCUCUGCAUACUGAUGCCCACCACAGAUGCAGCCCCGAAACAGAUAAACAGGGCUGUGGCUGCUGUGGAGACCUGGGCAAAGCCCUACCUCCCUCAAACCUCGCCGGAGCCACACAAGGAGUCUCCAGUGCUGGCGCUUCUUUACAGUCGCCGCCCCCUCUUCCCGGAGUGGGCUAAUGCCACCCUGUCCUUGAGGGGAGAUGUCGACCUUCGGCACCCCAAGUUUAAUGCCCUUCGCUUUAUCUACAUGUGGUUGACUCUUGCGCUGUAUCACUGGUCAGACUGCAUGUUCUUCAUGAAGGCAGACACGGACGCUUACGUGAACGUUCCCAGGCUUUGGGCGACCCUUCGAGCAGUAAACGCAUCAGCAAUGAUCUACGCAGGGCAAGUCACCUUGGCACACGGCCCGGCGUAUGAGAAGUGGACCGAAUUCGCACACGGCCUUGGGUAUGUAUUGAGCCGUGCCGCUCUUCGCAGUGCAGUGCCAGGCCUCAGGCUUUGUAUGAAUCAGCUCUUGGACGUGAAGCUCGAGUCAAUCGAAGAUAUGCUGUUGGGGGCUUGUUUGAAAAGAGCCAAGAUUUAUCCUGUUGAGUUGGGCAAGAUUAUCUUCGAUUUCAAAAUGACCAGCGAGCACGUUGACGGGGUCGUGAAAGAGGCACUGGUAACACACCGGGUAGAAGCGCAGGAGAUGUACUUGCUGCAUGAUGCGGUGACCAAAGUGCCGUCUCGGAAGGGUCCGCGCAGGGCACAACGCUGUCCGGAUCAGCCGCUGGUGGCGUGCGACAUUGGGACGGCGACGUCUGCCUGCGCAGCUUCGAAAAGCGAGGGUCUUGCGCUGCAGCUGCGAGAGAAUUCAAAAAGCCUGGAGAUCGACACGGAAGGCACGAGAGUGCCGCCAAAGGCCCGACAGCCAGAAACGAGGAAAGCCGAGAAGGACUCGGAGCGCUCUGCGAUCGAAGCGCUGCCGGCCGAAUGUGCGGUCUACGAAGGUGCUGAGCCUCAAAGCCGGGCGGCGGCACUCUGGCAGGGCUGCAAGCUGAGGCGCGCGUUUGCAACUCGAGCGGUGCAAGCAAAAAUGCAGCUCAGGCGCGAUCUUUACUGGUUGAUAGUUGAUGUCGAAUCCCGCCAUCCGCCCAAAGUGCAGAUGCAGGACCCCCAUGUGGGGCCUUGGCUGGAUGUGCUCUAUGCUGGCCUGAGCAAGCUGCAAAGCGAGGCUUUGGCCGAGCUGGCUGCCGCUCUCCACGGCCGCCGCCUCCCUCUUGGCAGGCAGGGCGGCAGUGUGCAGGGAGGGCCAAGAUGA